AUAACUAACAAACAAACAUCAAGCAGAGACGGACAGCAAACACAGAUUACGAACUUUCGUAUUAAUAACUAACAAUCUACAUGAGUUAAUCGUUUAAUAUACCUUGCAGUUCCACUCUAAUGAAGGAGCUCCGUCCUGGCUGACUUUGGGAGAUGGGAGUACACAAUAUUACAGACCAGCUUCCACUGGUCCAAGCAGUUUUUAAUCGAAAUGCUGAUGAAAUUCAACUACUAUUGCACAACAAGAAAGAGGACGUCAAUGCACUGGACCAAGAGCGCCGUACAGCACUACAUGCUGCUGCCUGUUUGGGGGAUGUUCAUAUAAUGGACCUCCUCAUCAAUGCAGGUGCAAAUGUAAAUGCUAAGGACCAUGUGUGGUUAACUCCAUUGCACAGAGCUGCUGCCUCCCGGAAUGAAAGGGCAGUGGGGCUACUUCUGCGGCAGGGAGCAGAGGCCAAUGCACGAGACAAGUUCUGGCAGACUCCACUGCAUGUUGCAGCUGCCAAUAGAGCCACGCGCUGUGCAGAGGCCCUGCUCCCCCAGCUGAGCAAUCUGAACAUGGCAGACCGCACUGGCAGAACCGCCUUGCACCACGCUGCUCAGAGCGGAUACAUGGAGAUGGUGAAGUUGCUGCUGAAUAAAGGGGCCAACUUGAGUACCAAUGAUAAGAGAGAGAGACAGCCUAUCCACUGGGCAGCGUACUUAGGGCAUCUGGAGGUGUUGAAGCUGCUAGUGUCUCGGAGUGCAGACAAGGGCUGCAAGGACAAGCAGGGCUACACCCCUCUCCAUGCUGCCGCUGCCAGCGGACACAUUGACAUAGUCAAGUACCUACUGAGGCUCGGGGCUGAGCUGGAUGAGCCUAAUGCCUUUGGGAACACUGCUCUGCAUGUGGCCUGCUACACAGGCCAAGAGGCUGUGGCCAAUGAGCUGGUGAACCAAGGAGCUAACGUCAACCAGCCCAACAGGAGUGGCUAUACCCCACUGCACCUGGCUGCUGUGUCCACCAACGGGGCCCUCUGCCUGGAGCUGCUGGUCAACAAUGGGGCCGACGUCAACCAGCAGAGUAAUGCAGGGAAGAGCCCCCUGCACAUGGCAGCCAUUCAUGGACGCUUCACACGCUCUCAGAUCCUCAUCCAAAAUGGUGGAGAGAUUGACAGUGUGGAUAAAUAUGGCAAUACCCCCCUCCAUGUUGCUGCUAAGUACGGCCAUGAACUACUGAUCAGUACUCUGAUGACCAACGGUGCAGAUACAGCCAGACAAGGGAUUCAUGGGAUGUUCCCGCUGCACCUGGCUGUGCUCUAUGGGUUUUCAGACUGUUGUCGCAAGCUACUCUCCUCAGGUCAGCUGUACAGUAUUGUUUCAUCUAUGAGUAAGGAGCACGUACUAUCAGCCGGGUUUGACAUAAACACUCCAGACAACUUUGGAAGGACCUGUCUACAUGCUGCUGCUUCUGGAGGAAACGUUGAAUGUCUCAACUUGCUCUUAAGCAGUGGUACUGACUUGAAUCAGAGGGACCAAUCGGGAAGGACUCCGUUGCACUAUGCAGCUGCUAAUGGGAGGUACCAAUGCACUGUGACCCUAGUGAGUGCUGGCGCUGAGGUCAAUGAGCCAGACCGUACAGGCUGCACUCCCCUGCACUACUCUGCUGCCUCCCAGGCCUUCUGCAGAAUGGACCGACAUUUCCCUGGGACUCUUCAGAGCGAGGAGGAUGGAGAUAAGGAGUCCUAUUUUUGCUUGGAGCAUCUGUUGGACAACGGUGCAGAUCCAUCCCUGGUCAACUCUAAAGGUUACAGUGCUGUUCAUUAUGCUGCUUCCCACGGCAACAAGCAGAACCUGGAACUGCUCCUGGAAAUGUCCUUUAAUGCCCUAGGAGACAUUGAGAGCAGUAUUCCAGUGAGUCCGUUGCAUUUAGCUGCUGAUAAUGGCCACUGGCAGGCGCUGAGUGUGCUGACAGAGACUGCUGCCUACGUAGAUGUGCAAGAUGCCUCGGGCCGCUCUGUGCUCUACUUGGCUUCCCAGAGAGGUUACGCCCGCUGUGUAGAGGUCCUGCUAGCCCAGGGGGCCUCCUGCCUCCUCAACGAGAACAGACACAUGUGGACCCCUCUACACGUCGCAGCUGCCAACGGCCACACGGAAUGUCUCCACAUGCUGGUGGAAAGCGGGGAGGAGGCAGACCUUACCAAUGUCACAGACACACAGGGACAGACCCCUCUGAUGCUGGCCGUGCUAGGUGGCCACACAGACUGUGUCCACCUGCUGUUGGAGAAGGGGGCCUGGCCUGACGCCAAGGACAAGGGGGGCAGCACAGCCUUGCACAGAGGGGCGGUGGUGGGCCGUGAGGACUGUGUGACAGCCCUGCUGGAUCACGAGGCAUCUGCCCUGUGUCGGGACGGCCAGGGUCGUACCCCCCUGCAUUACGCUGCCUCCCACCGCUACACUGACAUCCUGGCCAGUCUGCUGCGUGCCGCCACGCGCUCCGAUCCUCUGGACUCCCUAUUGGACCACGAAGAGUACACGCCGUCACACUGGGCCGCCUACCAAGGGCAUGAAGGCUGUUUGGAGGUUUUACUUGAACACAAAACAUGUAAUAGCCAGGAGGGAAACCGCUUUACCCCAUUGCACUGUGCUCUAAUGAAUGGCCGUAGUGGAGCUGCAGAGAUGCUGUUGGAAUCUGCUGGUGUACAGAUGGUUAACACCAGGGAUACUAAAGGAAGGACCCCGCUUCAUGCCGCAGCGUGCGCCGAGGACGUGUCGGGGCUGCAGCUGGUCCUACGCCACGGCGCUGAGAUCAACGCCGUGGACCACACCGGACGCUCUGCUCUCAUGGUUGCUGCUGACAAUGGACAGAGUGGCACCGUGGCCAUCCUCCUGCAACGGGCCAAGGCUGACCUGACACUGCUGGACGACAAUGGAAACACUGCCCUGCAUCUGGCCUGCAGCAAGGCUCAUGAGAUGUGUGCCCUGCUGAUUCUGGGGGAGAUCCAUAACGCUACCCUCGUCAAUGCAACCAACGCUGCACUGCAAAUGCCCCUGCAUCUAGCAGCACGCAACGGUAUGGCCACCGUGGUCCAGGCACUGCUGAGUCGAGGAGCCACAGUGCUGGCAGUGGAUGAGGAGGGCCACACUCCAGCCCUGGCCUGCGCCCCCAACAAGGAUGUGGCUGACUGCCUGGCUCUGAUCCUCUCUACCAUGAAGCCUUUCCCAUCUCUGGACCCUUCCUCGUGCUCCUGCUCCUCUUCCUCCUGCCCCUGCACCUCCAUCUCUGUCUCCUCCAUCUCUGUCUCCUCCUCCAUCUCCCCCGGUCUCAACCUACUGAAGCACUGCGGCAUCACCGCAGCCUGCACACCCCUGCCCAACGGAAGCCUUCACCAUCACCACGGCUAAGUCAAAGACCACCAUGGCGCCGCCAUCGGCCUGGACGGGUGCCUUUCUGAGUGAGGUCAUCCUACACCUACAAUCUGACACCACUACAACCACCACCACAGGGUGACUCCCUUGAGUACACCCACCUACAUGUGUGCGCGUAUGGUCUUCUCCUGAAGUGCAGUCAAACCUAUAUGCAAAUAGAGCCCACAGAAUCUAUCUCAGCUCUGUAGUAGUUAGUGCUUAACGCAGAGAGACUGAUCUCUCUUUCUGUAAUGUCACUGGAAUACCGCUGUUUGUCCCUAAAUGGUUGCUAAUAACCAACCACAAAAAUCAUCUAAAUAAUCAAUCCCUUUAAAAAAAUGUCCCGCAAAUAGGUACUUGUCAGCACAGAAAAAUGACUGACAGCUUAAAGGACUUUUUAUUCUCCUUUUUGUGUUUGUUUGUAGUCUCUUGUUUAGUCACUUCUCAUUAUCAUUCAGUAUUUAAUAUUAUAUCAGAAACUAGGACUAGUAGUGGUGGCCUUGAAUAGGAAUGCACAGCCUUCCCCAAAGGAGAAUGAUCAAACGGGUUAAAGUAGGGUAGAGGACUUGAUGAAGGAACCAUACAGAAGGAAGUCCUGCCCAAGAGUGCAAUGCUAAAAUAUAUCUAUUCUGACUUUUUUUUAAAAAUGAUUAUAAUAUGUACCUUGUGUAGUAGCCUAUAUUUAAACUUUUAGCCUAAAAUAGUUUGUCAAUUUCAUAGAGCUGCUAAAGUUUGAAAAAUGUAUAUGUAAGCAUGUCUCCUUGCAAAGGAGUACAGUGCUCAGGUUGAGAUUUUAGCAUCAAUUUAUUCUCAAUGCUGAAGUAUUGUCUACAACACAGUUUUGUGUUUACUAAGCUAGAAUGUGGUUCAAAGCAUAUCAGUUAUGACCAAAGGUGAUCAUCACUACUAUGGCAAAACAAAAAUAUUUAUUUGAGAUGUACUGUAUAGAGAAAGACGAUAGAUCGAUCUUGAGAUACCUCGAUAAAUAAUUUUGCAGCUGCUGAACGAUUAGACAGGGAGAGUAGUAGCAAUGAGGCCUUGGUUAUUUAGUUUGCCUUUGGGAGCGGGCUCGCCCCAUUGCACCUCAGUGAAGCCUCUUGUAUUGUGAGCACUUUCUCUUGUAUUCUGAGAUUACUGCUCAGUCAUCUUAACCAGCCAUUUCAAUUGAUUUCUCUUUUUUUUAUCAUUCUCUAAAGACUUUGGUACAUUGAAUGGGAUUAUUUCCCCAAAUUUGGCCUUGGUCAAUCUGAAAUUGAAUUUAUACUGAACAAAAAUAUAAAUGCAACAUGCAACAAUUUCAAAGAUUUUACUGAGGUCAUAUAAAUUCAUAUUUUACAGUUCAUAUAAGGAAAUCCGUCAAUUUAAAUCAAUUCAUUAGGCCCCGAUCUGUGGAUUUUAUGACUGGGUGUACAGAUCCAGAGCAUCCCAAACAUGUUCAAUGGGUGACAUGUCUAGUGAGUAUGCAGGUCAUGGAAGAACUGGGACAUUUUGCAGCUUCCAGGAAUUGUGUACAGAUUCUUGAGAUAUGGCACC